AUGAGCGGAAGCGCCGUCGUGGCCGGAGUAGGGAAACAAGAACAAGCGCUACACAUAAGCGGAAGCAGCGAAUGCAGCGAUCGAGCGAUCGUGAUGUUUCGUUGGAACCUCUUCGUAGGGGGAGUCACAUUCCCCGUGAGCAGCCUACGAGACGACGUGACAAGUAUCGCAGUCGAAGUAGCAGCUAUGAGCAGCCGCGGCAACAUCGUUCCAGCCGAGGCGUGGAUGAGAGAUGUAGCAGGCGAGACCGUAGCAGAAGCUCAGAAUACAGGUCAGAGCGACAAACACCUCCACUUCCUGGUCGCGUGA